AUGGAAAGCAUCCAACUCCUUCUGUCCAUCUUCCUUAGCGAUGAAUCAGAAUAUUGGCAUCCCCAACUUGGAGUUGCUGAUUUUACGAUAGUUUCGCCUCCUUCAGAGAGAGCCAUGUUUCAGUCGUUUACCGGGAGCUCUCGCCGCCCAAGGCAGGUGAAUCUCGCCGGCCGCAACGUCAAUCCGUUCGCUUCGUCUUCCGCAUCAGCUCGACAUUCCCCUCACGGCCACGGCGCCCAGAAUACACUUGCUAUUGCCCAGCAGGAACGAUUGAUCAGACAACAGGAAAGAGUGCGGCUUAGCUCGGCUCGCGUUCUGCAAAAGACAUGGCGGGGCUAUCUUAGCAGAAGAGCGACCCGCAACGCAUGGAGAGUGGAAUGGGAUACAAAUGAACAGACAAGAACAGCACGGAGCAUAGGAUUCGAGAAUGGCGGCCUUGAUCAGCUCUCCACGACAGCCGCAUAUGUGUCUUUGGAUCAAUGUCGGCUACAACUUAGACUGCUGUUGCAGUUCUUUGAGCCUUCGAACGAAAGUGAUGCGAUAAGACUUCUUUACUUUUCAAGUGCACUGAAAAAGACUCUCGAAGAGGUUUCCGCCAUGUCAGAUGAAGAAGGGUGGACGUUGCUUUUGGCUCGACUAGCCAAGGCUACACUGCGUCUUGCCCUGAAGCUGACAUCCGCAACCAGAAAUUCUCACCUCCCCGGCGAACUACUUCUUCAGUUGCUCUGCUUCUUGAUUGGACUUAUCCCGAGACAGAUGGCCAAACUCGCCGAGGAGUAUUAUACCGUCAUGGUGGCGCUGACUACCGAUAUCCAAACGCUUUCGAAGAAACUGAACUUCUCGAUCGACCACCUCGUCACUAGCGUACUCGCCCUGUUACAACCAAUCACAGCAGAUACCUCAAAUGCUUAUGAAUGGUUCGCUCGGAAAUACCUAAUCAUACCAGACCUCGAAAGCCAUAUAGGCCAGCUUGAUAUGAUAGCAUCGAAAAUCAACUACAGACUCUUGGCAAGAUCCCUGGACUCUUAUGCACAAGGCAUUCUUGGGAGACAGUUCACAGAUGACGAUGUGGAAUCUCGCCUGUGGCUCUUGGCGUAUUUCAUAUACUUCCGCCGGUCUGCAGUUAGCGGAAGCUCAGCGCAAGAGGCACCAGAACCUGAAUUUGUUAAAGUAGUUUCAAGUCUAAUAAAUUCAGUGGCGUCGUAUGUAUCCAGACGCUUAGAACCAGAUGACCCUUUGGAUGCCGAAGAAGAGCAACGCCAACAAUUACAUCCUUUCGUUGAGAAUCAAAUAAACAGCCUUGUGAAUCAAAGUAGCAUCACGGGCUUGUUGUACAAAGUUCGGCCUAAUGAACCUCAGGUUGGAGCUAGUGGCGAUUCAGAGGAUGCAAAAGCUCUAGCUUCAUAUGCUCUCACACUACUGAGAGUUUUUCCUCGUCGCGGUGAUGAUAUUCGGAUGUGGCUCUAUCUGGGAUCGACUACUUCAGCAGGUCUGUCGACAACUCAGCCCGGCGUUAGAGUACCUGCUAUCAAAUACUUCUGGAAAAUGAGCAACGCGACUGAUCUAUUUGCCAAAAUAAGCCGUGAUUCGACAGAGGUUCUACCAUUGCUGCGACCUUUAUCGGGAGGCGAUACGGCAAGGGGCAUACAGCGCGAGCAGGACUGGACAGUGAUCUUACUAUUUCUGGAAUUAUAUACCUUCUUGUUGAAGGUGAUGGAUGACGAAGAGUUCUUUUCAGGAGACUCAUUAACGACGAUGGAUUCAAAAGUCUCUUGGACAAAGGAGAGCGCACUGCCCUUGAAGGACGUGAAGGACUUGACAGUGUUUCUUAAGAACUUAGGCUUUACUCUGUAUUGGAAUGCGGCGGAUCUCAAUGAGACUCAGAAUGUCGAAAAUACAAGUGGGCUCAAGAGUUAUUUUACCCCUACUGGUCAACAGGAGCCUUUGCCCAGUGUCCGAGACCUGGAGCAAAGAAACAAGGAGAAGGGCUUGCCUGGAGUCACCGGCAUUCCACUGGAUUACUUUAGAGGCUUAGUGACCGGACUCCUAAGGAUGAUACACGAGCGCGAUUCGCGCCGUAAAUUCCUCCCCGAGGGUCAUUGGCUCAUGACCUCGCGCUUUGACAUGGAAGGUUUCAUUUCUGCUGUUGUUGCCGAAGAAGAAAACCGACACCAACUUCAAGAAGACGAAGAGCAUGAUAGCAAUAACUACAUGGAUGAUCUGCCUUAUCAACCACUCGGCUUGAUCGGUACGGGGCGAGCUCAGCAGAUACAGCGAAUGCAAGCUUUCAGACGUCAUCAGCAACAAUCCGCUCGCCGAAAACAGCUGGAAGCACUUGCUCCGAGGCUAGAGAUACUGAGGAAUAUGCCUUUUUUUAUUCCUUUUGCCACGCGAGUUCAGAUAUUUCGAGAAUUUAUCUAUCGAGAUCAAAUGCGGCGGAGGGAAGGGUUUAUUGAGCCCGAUGCCUGGCGCAUGUCGGUCUCUGCUGCCUCCAUGGGUCGCCUCAUAGAUGGAGGAGCUGCUGCGCGAGAUAUUCUGAGUCGCCAUCAUGCUAGCAUACGCCGUGAAAGUGUAUUCGAAGACGCAUUUGAUCAAUUCUACGAGCUCGGAGAAGGUCUCAAGGAACCGAUCCAGAUAAGCUUUAUUGACCAAUUCGGUUCAGUAGAAGCUGGCAUAGAUGGCGGUGGAGUUACCAAAGAAUUUUUGACCAGUAUCACGAAUGAAGCCUUUAUGUCAACGAGUGGUCUUAAUCUCUUCAUUGAGAACGAUCAGAAUUUGCUUUAUCCCAACCCAGCGGCGGUGGAGCAACGCAGAGAAGUCUUGCGCGAAUUGGGUCUUGAUGAAAACAGUCUUCAGUUUUCGGAUGGCGUGCGAGAUCUGCUCAAACGCUAUGAGUUUCUGGGACGUGUCAUAGGAAAAUGUCUGUAUGAAGGCAUUCUAGUGGAUGUUCAUUUUGCGGGCUUUUUCCUGCUCAAAUGGGCUUUGACUGGCGGAUCAACAUCUGCUCGAAGGGAAUCAGCAUAUAGGGCGAAUUUAAAUGACUUGCGGGAUUUGGAUGAGGGACUUUAUCAGGGAUUACUCCAAUUGAAAAACUAUACCGGCGACGUUGAGGACUUUUCUUUGAACUUCACUAUCACUGAUACAAUUCCCAUCCCGGGAUCCAAGUCUCGUAUUGUCACGAAAGAACUGAAACCUGGCGGUGCUAACAUUGCUGUCACUAAUCAAAACCGGCUCGUCUACAUCUCCUACAUCGCUCGUCACAGGCUUCAAAUCCAGCCAGCGCCGCAAACGACAGCCUUUCUCAAGGGACUCGGUGACAUAAUUCAGCCUUCAUGGCUAUCAAUGUUCAAUCAGUCGGAAUUACAGACGCUUGUCGGAGGCGACGCUGGAGAAAUAAACGUUGCCGACCUGAGGCGUAAUACUCUAUACGGUGGCGUAUACACUAUUGGCGAUGAUAACGAAGAACACCCGACUGUUCAAUUGUUCUGGCAAGUAAUGGAGGAAUUGUCCAACGAAGAGCGUCAGAGAGUGCUAAAAUUCGUGACUUCGACUCCACGUGCGCCCUUGCUCGGGUUCAGUCACUUGAAUCCACGCUUCAGCAUUCGAGAUUCCAGUGACGACCAAGAGAGACUGCCCAGCACCAGCACCUGCGUUAACUUAUUGAAGCUCCCUCGAUAUUCCACCGCUCAAAUCCUACGGCAGAAGCUCCUGUAUGCCGUUAACUCUGGUGCUGGAUUUGAUCUAAGUUGA